UCAUUGGGGAAUGGUAGUUGUCGUGUUUCAUUAACCCAGCGUGCCAAUCACAUGUAGAAAUUCCAUAUUUGUUUGCACAGCGGGGAAAACGCAAUGGGCAGCAACAACAACAGAAGCUAAUAUGAUUUCAUAGAAUUGAAUGCCUGACGAUUAAAAUAUUUCACACGUUGCCCGCACAAUACAUUCACAGAACGAGCAGCCGGACACUGCACUGGCCCACAAAUGAGACGACAACGCUGUGGAAUGUUGUUGCAACUGUGGCUGCAGAUAAUGUUGUCGUCAUCGGCUGUGACAGAUGCCAGCUAUGCCUCCAGCAAGCCGCCCACACUGGAAUUGCCGCAGCCCCUGGCAACCGAGGAACUGAGCGACUGGGAUUGGCUUGAGGAUAGUGUGGCAAUCAGUGGGCGCAAUGGUCGUUCCCAUCGACCCACUCUCAUGGAUGUGGCCCUGCAGGUGAGCGUGCGGCAAGGACUCGAUGCCAUGGCCGAGGUGUACGGAAAAAUACAGCCCGACAUGGUGCGCAAUGGUCAAUUGCUUGAGGACAACCAUCCGGCCGCCCUGCUCUCCCGUUUCAAUGAGCCGCACUUCGAUACGGAGAGGCGAGAGAUGGCCGCCUAUGCGACCAUUGCAGCAACGAAGGCAUUUCGCAAAAACUUUCAGCAUAUCGAUGAACUGGCCCGUCAGUCGCAUGCACAGAAAAUCUCGUUACGCCGCACGGCCCUGGAGAGCCUGUGCCCCCCUCGUGAUCCGCCUUCGUGCAUGCCUGCAUCCGAGCGAUAUCGCACCCAUGACGGCACCUGCAACAACAAGCGGCGACCCCGCUGGGGCAGUGCCCAGAUGCCAUUUAAUCGCUUUCUGCCACCCGAAUAUGGCGAUGGAGUAGACAGCGUGCGCAGCUCCACGGACGGUAGUCCACUCUCCUCGUCGCGCUUCGUUAGUCUUUUAGUGCAUGGAGCUCGAGAAGGAGAGGCUCCGCUUACCCUGAUGAUUGCAAUGUGGGGCCAAAUGCUGGACCACGAUCUGACUUCCACGGCCCAGCCCCGCUCUAUCAAUGGCUCCAUACCCAGCUGCUGUGGAGGGAAGGACUUUCAUCCUUCCUGUUUUCCAAUUAAAGUGCCGCUGGACGAUCCCUGGCUUGCACCCCUUAAGGUCCGUUGCUUGGAGUUUCUGCGUUCGGCCCCGGCGCAGCGGCGCGAUUGCGUAUUGUCCUGGCGAGAGCAAACUAAUCAGGUCACUUCCUACAUCGAUGCUUCGCCCAUUUAUUCCAAUAGCGCCAAGUCAGCAGACAAUGCACGCGUUUUUCGUAACGGACUGCUAAUCUACGGGCGAGGGAAGCCGGAGGAAGAUGUUUGCCAACGUGGUGCAAUCGCAACACAGUGCAUUCGAGCUGGAGACGGUCGGAGUGGAGAGCAGCCCGGCUUGCUGGCUAUGCACCAUGUCUGGGUCGGAGAACACAAUCGAAUUGCAAUGGAACUGAGUGAGCUUAACCCGCACUGGAGUGACGAAAAAAUCUACCAGGAAGCGCGGCGCAUUGUUGGCGCUAUGUUUCAGCAUAUAACGUAUCGGGAGUUUUUACCUAUCAUUCUGGGUCGCGAGGUUUGCAAACUGUUUGACCUAGAUCUGCUCCCUAAUGGCUACUACGAGGGUUACGAUGCCAAAGUGAAUCCGACGGUCGCCAACUCUUUUGCAGCUGCUGCUUUUCGUUUCGGGCAUUCAUUAGUUCAAAACUCUUACUUGCGCUGCGACCGUCAUCAUAAUAUAAUCAACAAUAAUGUAAGUUUGCACGAGGAGUUCCAACGCGGUGACAUUGGUUCCGCAGGCUCUCUGCACCGACUUUUACGAGGCCUAGCGUCACAACGAGCAUUAAAGCGGGAUGAGUUCAUUACACCCGAGCUGACCAAUCACUUGUUCCAAACACCCGGGUUUCCAUUUGGCUUGGAUCUAGCUGCCAUCAAUGUACAACGCGGUCGAGAUCAUGGAAUCGCGCCAUACACCGCAUGGCGUGUUCCCUGUGGUCUGUCGCCCAUCCACAGCUUCGAAGAUCUGGCCAAUGUGGUGGGUCCAGAAUCAGCUAAGCGCAUCAGUCACGCCUAUCGCAGUGUGCACGACAUCGAUCUGUUUGUUGGCGGCAUUGCGGAGCGUCCAGUAGUAGGUGGUCUGGUGGGUCCCACCUUUGCCUGCAUUAUUGCCCAACAAUUCAGUAACUCGCGACGCGGAGAUCGCUUCUGGUACGAAAACGGUGGCUUUGAGAGCUCCUUUACUCCUGCACAGCUACAUUCUCUGCGACGCGUCUCGUUAGCUCAAGUUCUCUGUCGUGCUGUGGGCGGUGGAACUUUCCAACCACACAUCUUCAUUCCGCCCGAAUUUGAUGACAACGAGCGUGUCACCUGUGGCGCUGGGGUGUUGAUGCCGAUUGAUCUCAGCCCCUGGUUAGAGCAGGAUCCCUUUGCGCCACAAACACCAUUCGUUACCCCGGAAAUCGCAAGCAAUGGCUUAGGAGUGGUACAUGUUAUUAAGGAGGAUAAGGCGGGUUUUAGCAAUCGCAUCAAGCCCACAAAUUCCGCGCACAAUCCACACAUAGCAUUUACGCCUAACUCAGCGAUAGGCUUCCAACGACCCAAUAGUACGACGAAAAUCAACGACAAACUCGACCUCAAGCGAAAAACUCAAACGACAACCGGAACGAAAAACCGACACACCACUCCGACUCGCAAGACUGGGGUUAACAACAAACUGGACAAGUCUCCUAAGAAACCGACGAACAUAAGACAACCUCCUGGUACGACAACGAGAAGAACGGUAGUGAUUAACAAUGUGGCCAUUCAGCUUCGUAGUGCUAUAAGCAGUAAUACCAAAGAGAACUUGACAGAUUUUGGACAAACAGUUGGGUUGACUCGAAAGUCUGACAGCACUGACGAACCAGAACUUCGGAACGACGCAUCAGAGUUACCUAAUGAAGACGUAGAGCUAAGACUGAGCCCGCACUUUCGAAAUGAGGAAGUAGAGUUACAUAGUGAUUUGACGACAUUGAGCAGUGAGGGAUCAAGUGCCGCGAAUUCAACGAUAAGCGAUAUUUUUAAGUCCACGGCCGAUGAAUUAAGGAACCAUGAAUUUAACACAACUGAACUACGACCAAAUGACCCCAAUAACGAUGACCCUAAAGCAAACAAACCAAACAACAAUGACCCUGAAGGAAUUGACCACAAAACAAAUGACCCGAGCAACCAUGACCUUAAAGAAAACCCUCCAAAAAAGAAUGACCCUAAAGAUUACAACUUGAACACGAAUGACCCAAAAGAAAAUGAACCAAAUACGAAUGACUCUAAAGCAGAAAGCCCACAGACAAAUGACCCGAAUACGAUUCAAACUGAAGUAACGGAAUUAGAAGAAAAAAGACAAGAAACAAACAAUUUUGUUACUACUCAGACCAACAUAAAAAUACUCAGGACAAAAUUACAGCCCACAAUAGGGAACAGCACUGACGACACUGAUCAGGACAUUAUAGAUCCUCUCAAAGAACCGACACCGGACGACCAUCCGCCUCGUGUCCAACGCACGGCACGCAAUUCUGGGCAAUUGAUAAACGACAAGGACGCAACACCCUUUGCUACAAACAAGAAGCCCGAUGUCAAGCUUCUGCACUCUAAUCGCAACCGUACGAGUCUCCCUGCAAGCUUCCCGCCCCCAUCCGCUACCACAAAGCAAACGCGCCCCACACGCACCACCAAGGCACCUAAAGUUUCCAAAACAACUAAACGGGGAGUAGAGCUACGAAGUCAGUUCCAAAGCCGACCCAUUUAUACACGACCACAAAAGGUGAUUGUGAACGGACCGAACGCGGAUCAGUACGAAAUCGAAAUAAAUAUACGCCAGACGAACAAAAAUCCCUCACCGCAUCCCUUGACCUCCGAAUACAAUGACUAUACGACCGUUUACAAGCCCUUCAGUACAUAUGGCAGUAGCUAUGAGCCUCACUACCUCGAAUAUGCUACCACUACUCCUGCUUAUGCCUACUAUCAGUCACCGCCGACGAUGUUGCCAAGCCCAGUGCAACCAUACAAGACUAAACCACCGACGAUUAUUUAUCUAAACGAACAGGACGAUCGACGAACUACGACGCGACAGCCAAACAUUUUCCAGAAUUUUUUAACAUUUGCUACAAAUAGUUUUAAUGGCAAUCGACGGCCCACCUCACCGCCACCACCUCCUUCGGCGGCAGCGCCACAUCAAGAAAGACCACAUUUUGAAUCCUUUGUGGUGAACAGUCCUAACAGCGGCACCUCUACCUCGCAUAUUCUGUCAGCCACUUCUUACGGUUCAAGACCAUCAUCGUUGCAUACCCAAGGUCAAUCACCUUUUCCUGUGUCGACCAGCUCACAGGUCGGCGUACAUCCUGAGUCUGGGUUCGUCCAUGCCUCCAGCAGCGCAGUUAGCGCCGGCAACUUUGGUAGCAUUUCUGGGGUAGCCAGCGCCAAUGGAGCGGACAGCAUAUUUAGCUUUAACAUACGGCCGCGUCCGGACACAUCUCCCGUUAUUAGUUCCGUAAGCUCCUAUGUGCGUCCCCAGAAUGGCGGCCAAUAUGGACUAGCCUCGCAGCAUAGGCCAGAUUAUCCACACAGUGAUCUUUACUACGAUCGUGAGCUAGGCCAAGCAAAUAAUCUAAGCCCCUUCUCCAACUCAGGGUCUAAGCCACAGCACACUGUGCCGUACUAUGCACGAGCACCUGAGUUAAAGGAAGCCUCUAGCCCUAAUGAGAUGUCCAGUGUGCCGGACCAUAAGCUCGACAUUCGUGACUAUGACUACCUGAGCCGUACGCUAGCUAAUCUUACUACUGCCGAGGGUACAGCCAACGACGAUUACAUGUACGACGAAGACGACAGCUUGAACACAAAAAUCAUUUCUGACGGCCUUACCAAACAGUCAACUGAUACGCUACAAUCGACUAAGAAAUACGAAACCGAACUGAAGUUGGCAAGCAUUAUUGAGGUACCGAAUAACACGACGAACGUAACUCAGUUGGACGACAAUUAUGUAUUACCCAUGCUUACCACUGCUCUGCAAACCUCUCGUACCACCACCAAUAGCAAAGUUACCGUGUUUCCGGACAGUUUAGGCAAACAACUGGACAAUGACAUACUAUCCGAUGACUAUGAAGAACAUUCGACUGACAUGAAGGAGUCCUCAGCCAAACGCCCAGGCCAACCAACGAGCAUAGCUUUUGCACCCAUCACUCUGCUAACAAAACCAGACAGGCCAGAUAACUGGGUGAUUUACAAUAAGGCAAGUGAGGAACCCCCACUACCACAACCACCGGUGGUAAGCAUGGACUCUCCGCCCACCGCAGAGGUGCCCAUGCCCAUUCAAAACCUGCAUAACCUAUGGCUCAAAAAGGACUUUAAGGCUAUGCCAGAAACGAAAACACAUUAUACAACUAAUAUAGCGAAGAGCAGUGAAACAACCCAAACAGUAACAGCUCCCAAUGGACUAACAACUGAAAGCACAACAAAUGCCAAAUAA